AUGUCUGGCAAGUCCUUCAGCUUCAUCGGCGAGGUCGUCGAGAGUGCCGUUAUCAAGGCCCCCCUCUCGUUUGUCUGGCACUUCAUCAAGCUCCAGGAGUUCGACAAGUUCUGGUCUGCCAUCUCCAAGGCCGAGCAUGUCAAGGGCACCAGUGAGGAGACCGACAUUGUGAGGUGGACCUUCAAGGAUGGCAAUGUCAUUGAGGUCAAGCAGGACGAGCACAGCAACCUCGAACACUUCAUUACCUUCAGCGUCAUCAAUGCCGAGCCCGAGCUGAGCUACUCCAGCGUCGUCAACACCAUCCGUCUUUGGGCCGUAACCUCUGGCGAGUUUGCCAACACCACCUUUAUCCGUUGGAGCACCAGGUUCUCGAGUGAUGCCGAUCUCGGUGUUAUCGAGGAUGCCAAGUACAAGCGUCAAGAUGCCUUGAAGGAUCUGUCCAAGGCGGCGGAGAAGAUGCUUGCUGAGGAGAAGAAGUAG